AUGUCCACCGAACGCUCCUCCUCCGCCGUCCGCAACCUCCGCUCACUCUUCGAGAACAAAGCUCCCGAACAAUCCCCCGAUACCCGCGGCCGAUCACCUAGUCACCACUUGACGGAAUCGAGUCCCAGCCGACCAGCAUCAAAGGUCCGCGCGAGUUUCGUGUCGGUCGUUCCUCCUACUGCAGCCAUGGCUUCGAGUGCAGAAGAGGCCGGUGUUGGGAGUGGGAUGGCGGAGCUGAAAAGGGAAAGUAGUGCCGGGUUGCGACGAGGGAGUUUCAGUGAGAAUGAUGGGGAGUUGGAGGGCUUGCUGCAAUUGAAGAAGACGGUUUCGGAGGAGGCGGAGAGGCGGCAGAGGGAUCCGAAAGUGGCCGAGUCGAUUCCGGAGCAUGUUGCUUUCUCUGCCGCUACUACGCCCAAUGUGAAGGCUAGUAUGAAUGGGGAGGAGGAGCAGCAUAUUGAGGAGAGUCCGCUGGCGGACAAGGUGGACAAGGAGCCUGCACACCCGGACAAACCUGUGACCGCUGCCGAGGAGGAGCCAGGCACGAUGAAGCCUGCGGAUAUGAGUAGUGAAGCUGUUGUGAGUGGUGGGAAGGCUCUGCCGCCGGUUGCGGAGGAUAUGAGGAAAGGAAAUGAGCCAAAGGUGCAGAAGUCAGACGAAGCACCUACCACGAAAGCGUUGGACAGUGCUGUGGAGGAGACGAAGAAGCCAGCCACGAGUAAGCCCACACCAGUCUCGAUCAAAGCACCUGCGAAGGCAGCAUCAAGCUCAGUCAAGUCACCUGCGAAAGCAACAACUCCACCAAAACCAGCCGAAACCUCGACGAAACCUACACAGUUGGCAAAGAAAGCUAGUCGUAGCUCCUUGACAGCUCCCACCGCAGCCUCAGUAGCACGAGCGGCAGGUCAAGACAAACCAAGCUCGAAACCCGCACAACCACCAAUGCCAAAACGAGACGCAACAAAACCCAUCGAUCUUCCCUCACGACUCACGGCACCCACAGCCGCUUCGCGAGCAAGACACGAGCCCGCAUCUACCACAACCUCCGCGCCAAGCAACAAACAAUCAACCACUUCAAGGCCAAAACCAUCUACAUCGUCAACACGACCAACCCCACGCACAUCUUUCGCUCGACCAGAAAGCAGAUCCUCACACACAAGCAAGAAACCCCCCACCUCAGCGCCAACCGAAGGCAGCUUCCUAGAGCGCAUGAUGCGACCCACGGCCGCUUCGGCCAAUAAAACGCACGAAAAACCCGAGGUCAAGAGUCCGCCUCGUGGUGGAAGUAAGACUGCGGCGGUGAAGGCGAAGGUGAAUGGGAUUGGGGGAAAGAAACAUGAUUCUGCGUCUGAGCCUGGCAAGGAGUCUACGCACGGUGAGGCGGAUGGGCACUCGGCGAUGAAUGGGAAUGGGAAUUGUGAUGCCGUGGGUAAUGAGACACCGAUCCCGGCUUCGGGGGAGAGGAAUGGAGCGCUUAGGGCGACGCCGGCGUUUGGGGAGGACACGAUUCGCUAG